AUGUGCGGGUCAUGCAUGUUGGCCGACAGUGCCUGGCCACCCAAGUCACCUCGGGACGCUCUACUCAGCUCUCCCGGAGGUCGGAGGAAAUACCAAGACUUGCAACGCAAACAACUCCUCUCCUCGCCCUUGAAACGAUCCAACACAACUCCAAAUUUCAGAUCAAAAGCAAGCCAGGUGCUAGACGAGGGCGAAGAUGACGGCGGGGAGGAAGAAGAGGAUGAAGAGACCCUGGAGCUGCGGCUUGCCGAGAUCCAGGCUCGCCUCAAGUUGAAACAACUCCAAAAAUCCCGAGGCCGGUCCGGCACCGCCACAUCUUACAACGAAGACGAUGAUGAUCGCCUGGGCUCCGCCGCACGCCCUCAUCAGACUGCGGAUCCAAGAAGCCCCCCGCGCAGCCAGCGCAAGGCCCCUGCCAAUGAUGUGCAAGUUCCUUUGUCGCCUACAAGGCGGGCUGCACCAGCGCCUGAGCCUUGGUCCCCUAGAAGGUAUCAAUUAGGAAUAGACAAGGGUUGGAAAGCUAGUGAUGUGUCACUGAAACGCCCUCCAAGCUCGAGGAUGGAGGCUAGACCCACCAGCCAGCUUGGAAAUCGCAGCGGUGCCAUGUCUCGCGCAAGUGACAUGUAUUCCUCACCACGACCGCAAACAUCGCCCAGCACUGGAGGACUCCAAAGAAUUAAAAGUUUCAGUGAGCGAAUGGCCGAGGGCCGGGCUGCUGAAAAGGCAGAGAAGUCUCGCCUGGCCAGAGCGGAACGAGUGGAGGCUGGCCGCAGCACAGCCUUUCAGUUGGAUCAAGCAGAAAUCGAGUCUUUCAGGGCCGCAGCUGCUGGUGAGCUGCAGUCAACACUUCCAACUACUAUGAGCCGGGAACCUGAAACCUACAACUUCAACCGCGAGGAGAUUCUUCGGUCCCUAGACCGUCCACAGGCUGGCGGUUUAAAACGCAGUCAGACGACUCCGAACUUGAAAGAGGACGAUUCCCGACGAAAAUUCAACAAUAAUAACAACCGAAGCGGAGAGGUUGGGGCAACAUCAAGUGCGCCUGACUCCUCAAAGUUUGAGUCCUAUUCAUCAUUGCAUCUAUCAAGUCGCAUACUCCCCCAUUCAUUCUUAAGCCGCACUCUCACCGAUAAAACUGCCCUUCGCAUACCUGAUCUCCUCAAAAAGGUCAAGGCUCCGGCAUUUGAACUUCCAGAUAACAUAGACGGUGAUUACGUCGUGUUUGGAAUUGUUGCAUCCAAGUCAGAGCCAAAACAAACGAAGCAAUCAGACAAUACCACAUCGAAAUCUACUGACCCUUAUGACGAUGGAUCGAACAACACCAGUCGCUAUAUGGCUAUAACUCUGACCGAUCUUAAGUGGACAAUUGAUCUCUUUCUGUUCGAUACUGCCUUCUCGCGCUACUACAAGAUGACAACAGGAACCCUUGUUGCAAUAUUGAACCCAACAAUUCUGCCUCCCCCAAAACACAGGCUGGAUACCAAUCGAUUUAGUUUGGCUCUCUCGUCAUCGGAUGAUAAGGUGUUGGAGAUUGGAAAGGCCCGGGACAUCGGUUACUGCAAAUCCGUCAAAAAAGAUGGCAAAACAUGCCAGUCUUGGCUAGAUGCCCGGAAAACCGAAUUUUGUGAAUUCCACGUUGAUCUCCAGGUGCGACGCACGCAAGGCCUGCGUUCUGGUGUGAACAGUGAUGUAGGUCAGUUUGGCCGUGGUGGAUCAAGAAUGGGCUAUUACGAACACAGAAAGGGGAGUCGAGCGGUCACGCCUCCUCACGAAAAAGAGAGACGAAAGCCUGAAGGUGGUCGAUACGAUUUGGCAUCUGCGUCAACAUACUUUGUUGCGCCAGCUCCUAGGAGUCGUGAUGCAAAUCGUACAUCCUAUGACCCUCUCGCUGGAGGUCAUGGGUCAGCAGCGAUGCUUGAUGCUAAUGACGACCCUUUUAUUGCGGCUGGGAUGAUGGGCCGGGGGAUGGAGAAUAAGGAAGAGCGAUUACGCAAACGCCUGAUAGCGCAACAACGGGAGAGGGAUAUCACACAAAAGCUUGUCUCUAGCAAAGUUGGUGGCGUGGGUGCUGAGUAUCUGCGAACGCGCACCACCGAAUUGCCAGAUGCCAAUGGGGAUGCCAAGCCAUCUGGUCCUCCUGGAACUCCAAAGGGUCUUCCCUCAAGUAGCAGCGAUUUCAAUCUGUCUAGCUUUGGCAGAGCAAAGAACGUGAGGCUCAGUCCUAAGAAAAGGUCACAUGAUGGGGACAAGCCCCACGGCAGUGGUCUCAAAAAGACACGGUUUAUCACUGCGAAGGGAAUUCGAGAAGCUGGUCGAGACAGUCUUGGUGGUCCUGAGGCGACAGGCAGCAAGCAACAACCUUUAUCAGAUGACGACGAUGAUGAUGAAUUAGAGUUUGUUUGA